AUGACCCGGAUCCUCGAACGACUGGCAUUCUGGCGCAAGAAACAACCCAAGAACGAACUCGCCAGGCACACCAACAACUCCGCAUCACGACCCAUCCCCCCACUCCCACCAGCAGACACCCAUGGGCAGCAGCAGCAAGUCGCCACCUCCUUCCUGGUCCCCGACCUCGAUGAUAUCAGGCCAUUCGUCACCAGCACCAGCAAUCCGAUCUCCAUGAGAGACUUGCUCAACGCCAUCUCCCUCAAGCGGGACCUCUACAACCAACUCAGCCUCAAAUCAAAACGCAAACGAGACGACGAUCAGCUCUCUUCCAUCCAAUCAGACUCCUUCUCAUCCUGGAACUCGUCCAUCCGUGCUCACAACCACCAAGGUACCAUCUGUCGGGCAACCCACAUCGCACUUGGAUCCUCAGAUACCCCGCCCCAGUUCAAGAAACCCAAACUGGUCACCAUCAGCUCAAACGAAGACAUCGAACAUCUCGCCAGCCAACUCGCCUCAUCACCCCCCUCCAUUCGCCCUACAUCUGCACCCCAACCCAUCCUUGGUCUUCCCUCCCACAUCUGGCCCUCAUUCCCGAUCACCCAGCCUCAUCAUCAACCCAAGAAUCAAGCAACCAACUCCAUCCGACCCACCAAACUGCUCUCCAGCCACCUCAGGCUCGCCCUCGAGGCCCAGAAGAACCGACACGCAUUGAUCGGCCUCUGUAAAACCCUCAGCCCGAUCGCCCGCAAGGCAGCCUGGUCCACCCUCCUCCUGGGCACCCCCGGCAUGGUCGACCGGAUCGCCCAGCGCUUUGAGGCCGACAGUCACCUGGCCACUCACGUCCAGACCUGCAUCGUCGUCCUGCUGCCCCCAUCCCGCAUGAACACCGCUCCCCAGCUCGACUCCCCUCGCGGCUCGACGGCUGCCAGGAAUGAGAGGGCUAUCCCCAGACCCUCUCCUCUGACGCCCAAGCAACCCAGCAGAUCAUCCCAUCCGGCAGUCCGCAAAAUCCAGAACCAGCCCGUCCAAAACCACACCCCUCCUAGUAGUCCCCACUAUUAA